AAUCUGCUUUUAUGUAUAAGCGGUUCCAGCACAUCACCUCUAUAUAAUCCGCACGAGAUUCGAAACUGGUGUCAUUAAAUCAACUAUUGCUAUUUGGUGAUUAUUUAGUGCCGUCGUUGCAAAUUUUUACUACACAUUCAACAUGAUUCGUAGUUUGGUAGCUUUAUCCUUGUUGGUAGUCGCUGUCUCAGCAGGAUAUGCCGGAGUAGCUCCUUACUCGGCUUACAGUAGCUACGCAGCUCCAGCAUACGGAGGAUACGGAUACGCUGCUGCAUCUCCUUACUCGUAUGGAGUUUCACCUUAUUCUGCGUACUCGUCACCUUACUAUGGUGGACACUCUGCUUACCCUUACGCCACUUCUUACGCCAAUACUUACAAAUACGCAUACAAAACUCCAUACGCUUACUCUGGUUACCAUGCUCCAGCUUAUGGUGCUUACUCGCCCUACUCAUCUUAUGGAGCUUACCCGUACUCGGCGUACGGAGGAUACGUACGAUAAGUCAUCUCCAUGAUUCUCAUUCGCACUUAAUACCUCUUCUAUGUACUUGUAAAUAGUAUAUAACUUGCCAUUUCAAAUGAAAACUACCUAAAUAUUAUGUACUAUUACGUGAAACCAUACCUUUUUCAAAUUUUUAUUACCUACCUUUUUUUUCUAAGUUUGUAAUAUUUUUACCAGAAAUACAUUUUUUUUUCUUCAUA